CCAUUCAGUGAUGCGUAAGAAGAGAGAGAAGGAAACGAAAAAGGCGACCGAUUCAGCUCGAUCAAUUCCUAAUUCAACGCGACGUCGAAGAAGAGAGGUGUGGGUGGGAUUGGUGGUACCUGCGCCGCCGGAUUAAAACGGCGCCCGCCAGAGGCCAACGCGGCUGCCGCCUCUCGUAGCUCGCGCAGAGGCCAGGCUUCUCGAUCUUGAUCUUCUCGAGGGAUCUUCCCUUGGAAGGUCUUAUUACCGCCUACAUUGCUGUUAUGGGGCUGACGACUGUGUAUAAUAUUUGUAAGAAAAGGCGCAGACCCUGAUAAAGGUUGAACUCACAGAGUUGAUAUAAGUUGGGAAGUUCUAGCUAUGAGUUUAUUUAGUGGUUGCUUCUGUGGUUAGUGUUCAUUAAGAGAUGCCGGUGCCGCCGCCGCCAACUUUGCAGCUGCACCCUCAGCCAACGUCAUCACUACCAGGCACAAAGAACUCUUGGAUCGACCUUGAUGAUCUGAAAUCUCAGAUAUUGAAGCGCCUCGGUCAGGAUCGUUCACACAUAUACUUCAGGUUUUUGAAUGGUUUCUUGUCACAGAAGCUGAGCAAGAGAGAGUUCAACAAAAUAUGUAUUGCGUUACUCGGUAGUGAGAAUAUCCCCUUCCACAACCAUCUCAUUCGUGCAAUCCUUCAGAAUGCUACCCAAGCAAAGACACCUCCACCACUUGAUUGCGGCAAGUUUGCACAAAAGCCAACUGAGGUUGUACCAAAGAAAUCACUUCAAGUAGAUGAUGGUUCAAAAGCUCCGUCAGCAGUGCCUCAAACUUGGUCUAAUGGGGAUAUAUUGCCACCAUCACCCUGCAAAUCCAGGACUGGCAUUGAUAGUUGCAGGACAAAAGACCGGCCCAGCUCCCUUGGAGCAAGUCCAAGAUCAGAUAUUGCUGCGCAUCAGCCUUCCAUACCACGUGCUGAGACUGUUUCCACUGAAAAUGGUCAAUUGUAUUUGUUAAAGAGACCAUUGCAGCAACAGCAUGUUAAUUCUUACCCGCCAACAGCAAAGAGGAGGAGAGAGGGAACACCUCUGCUUGAUGUGAGUACUGUACAUAGCAAUCCUCAUGCAGAAGCAACAUCCAUAGGAGAUGAGGAGGACAUCGAUCAUUCAAGUUAUUUGGAUCCCUUCAGAGGCCCUCUUCAGGCUCCACUUGGGAUUCCUUUUUGUGCUGCAAGUGUUGGUGGGGCACGAAAGACAUUUUUGUCAGCAGGUACUUCUACCAGUGACAGUUAUUGGAGAAAUCAUAAUGCUGGCGAACUAUGCCAUACUGAGGUUUUGAAGGCAACAAUGUCAAAGAUUGCUGAAGCACAGGGCUUGGAAGAUGUAAAAUUGGAAUCAGCUCACGUGCUGAAUCAUGCUCUUGAUGCUUAUUUGAAGCGACUUAUUAGGUCAUGCAUCAAGUUGAGAGUGGGUAGAGAACAUGCAAUAGCGAAGCAGUCAAGUCCUAGUCUUCAACAUUGUACAAAGCACAUAAAUGGUAUUUGGCCAAGAAACAACAUCCAUGUGCGAGGUAAUGUUGGAAUUGUGGAAGAUACGUGUGCGAUUAGUAUGAACAACUUAAAGGUAGCAAUGGAACUAAAUCCACAGCAACUUGGGGAGAACUGGCCUCUGAUUCUCGAGAAAAUUUGUUUUUGCUCAUUUGAGGAAUAGAAGUCAGGUCCAAUUUUCUGUUUUCCAGAAACUUUGGCACUUUGGUGUCCUUAAACUUUUAGGACUUCUAGGUGGGUAGGCGAUGAGCAGAUACAAGCUGUUUGGCCAAAAAUUACUCUUUUUUCUUUCAGCGUUGAAGAAAAAUUCCAGAUCCUGAUUUGCAUCCUUAAGGAGGAACCUUUCUGACAUCCAUAAAUCAAAUCCUCAUGUGACCUCAUAGAAGUCUUCAAAUGAACUUUGCAGAAGCAUUCCCUCGUUUAUCUUCCCAAUCAUCUUCUGCAAGCUUACAUGUUGCAGUUAUACUUCAUCAUUUGAGUACAAAGCUGUUAUGGAAGGAGCAGUUCAGGAUGGGUGUUGGGCGUGACUAACUAGGCACUCUGCUCCUCUAAUGGGAGGAAGCGCCAAUCGGAGGACCCUGGGAGAGAAAAGAUAAAGAUCUUUGUUGAUUCUUCCUGGUGUUCCAACAAAUCUCAAAGCGGUGCUUAUGGUUUUGUUUUCAACAAAAUGAAGCCACCAAUUUAGCUCCACGAUAGUCUUAUCUCCUUUAUUUGGAGUCUUAUUGGCAAUCAAAGAAGUUUUUUCUGGAGCUAGGAAUCUGGAUUCCAGACUUCAAAUUUUGGAUGUUGUGGUGAGAUGGCAAGGACAGUUUGGAAUUUGCUUUGCUAGCAUGUAAAAAAUUUCAAAAAGGUUGGGAUAAAGGAGCCAACUCCAUCAAGAUAGCGCACUAGAAGAAUGGCAUAAAGGCACUUGUGCCCUUGCCCUGCAGCACUCCCAAGUGGUGAACAACUCCGACCUCAAAAUACUGGCUCACUUCUGAAAAGAUGUUAUGAAUGUGAGGUACUGGUAAAAUAUGAUUAUGCCAAUCGAUACAACUUUUUUCUGUUAUAAAAAAAAUAUAAUUUCUGAAAAAUUACAUACAUUAUCUACUUUUCCUUCAUUGAACCGUGCAAAAAACCAACAAAAAAGGGUUUCUGGUUCUACAAUUAUAUGCGUUCAUUACUCCUGUAAGGUUAUGUUGGUUAUCAAUCGAGUCUAAUAAUAUGGUUAAUCUUUUGCUAUCAUAUUUUUAUGCAGGAUUUCAAUUUUCCCCCCUUUUAUAUUACUUUUUUUUCUCCAUUAAUUCCAAUGUCGUAGAGUUUGCUAUAAUUUAUUAUUUUUUUCAACUUUUUUUCUCCCUUGUGGUUCCUAGACAAAAUCAGUCACUCUUCUUCAAUGUAACUACAACUAGACGAUUUGUCUUUUUCCACACGCAUCAUUCAGAUUGGACAGAGAUUGGAAAUCACACUAGUUGCACCUUGUCAUUUAUUGCAGACAUGAUAAGGUUACGAUUUUUUUUUAACAUCUUUUAAAAGAGCAUCUCUAAAGAUACCUUGUACAGAGAAAAGAUAACCCUUUACAUUUCUUUGGCAAAUUAUAAGACUUAAUGACGAGGAUAAUAAUUAAUGCCACAGGCGAUGUGCCAUCACCGCCAAUCAAUUAUGUUAUUGUCCUAAGUGGAGACCACAAAGCGUGCAGCAUCAUGUCAAGAAGACCAAACUUGUAGUCCUCCUGGUCAUCCUCUGGCGGAUCCAAUUGAUGACAACAGAGUCAUCGAGAUCAAACUAAAGAGGCGGCGGCGGGAGCAGCAGCGGGGGCUGAGAGGCUGCGGAGAUGAAAGACAAGGUUAGCCUUCAUGGCGGAGAAGAUGUUGAAGUGGGAAAGAAUGGUGUUGCUUCAAAAGAUGGAGACCAAGGUGACUCGAUGGAGAGUUCUUCCAUUGGUGGUGAAUCAUCCUCAUCACCUUUGGCCUCUUCCGAAGAGAAGGAGAUCAGCAAAGAAGAAGAAGAGGUGGAGAGUGGAGCUUUGGGGUGUUUAGAUUGCCUAGAGGAGUCCCUUCCUGUCAAGAGAGGAUUAUCUUUGUUCUUCUCAGGAAAAUCCAAAUCAUUCACCAGUUUGUCAGAUGUGGCCAACAUGACUGCAAACGAUCUGACAAAAUCGGAGAACUCCUUCAACAAGCGAAGAAGAAUUCUCAUCGCAAACAAAGUGAGGAGAACUUCUUCCUAUAGGUCACUCAUCGGCAUGUCAUUACUGUCACCACCACCAUUAUUUCAAAAUCACAUCUCAGAAGAAGCUGGGGAAGCUGAUGAAGAAUCACAAAGCAACAAAGAAAAGAACAACUCCAAGUGUUUCGGAUCCAAUAGGUCCUUCUCAUUAUCUGACCUACAACAUGCUUAGUUUCAUCGAGGAUAUUGCUGAUAAAGUUAGAGAAAAAGAUCGGCAUUCCUCUGAUUGAGAUUUGGGUUGGGGUUCUGAUUAAAAUUUGUAAUAAGAACAAAUCGGGGGAUUGUGCUAAUUAAUGGUGUCAUCCUUUAGGAUCCUA